GUGAGAUUUGCUGCCAAAAAACGCAAGCUAAUCGAAAGAGUGUGUGCUGUGAAUUUUGCGACGAAAAAUCGAAAGAUCGAAGAAAACAGAAUGGCGGCUACUGUAUCUGCUUGGUCCAAACCCGGUGCAUGGGCACUCGAUUCUGAGGAACACGAAGCCGAACUCCUUCAAAGCCACAACACCGUUGAAGCCAAGCCGCUCGCUGAAUUUCCUUCUCUCGCCGUCGCCGCCGCAACGAAACCCAAGAAGAAGAAGGCUCAAACCCUAAGUUUGGCUGAGUUUACUGCCAAACCGGUUUCGUCUUUUACGCAUCAGGAUCCCGUGGUUCUUCCCACCGGUCCUCGUCAGAGGACGGCUGAGGAGAUUGAAAGUGAUAGGACUCGGCUUGGGGGAGGGUUUAGAUCUUAUGGGGAUAGGCCGAAUCGGGGUUCUGGGGGAGAUGAGAGUUCGGUUUCGAGAUGGGGUUCGGGUAGGGUUUCUGGUGAAUUGAGGCGGAAUGAUUCGUUUGGGUCUAGGGAUUCGAAUCGGGAGUCGGCGCCGUCUAGGGCGGAUGAGAUUGAUAAUUGGGCGGCUGCGAAGAAGCCGGUGGGUGGGAAUGGGUUUGAGAGAAGGGAUAGGGAAAGAGGGGAGAGAGGAGAAAGAGGUGGGUUUUUUGAUUCGCAGUCGCGGGCGGAUGAAUCUGAUAGUUGGGUUUCGAGUAAGAGUUUUGUGCCGUCGGAGGGACGGAGAUUUAGUGGUGGUGGUGGUGGAUUUGAUAGAGAGAGGAAAGUAGGGUUUGGGACUAGCGGUGGUGCGGAUUCGGAUAAUUGGAAUAGGAAGAAAGGUGAAAUUAGUGUUGGAAGUGAAAGAACCGAGACCGUUGCUGGUGGAAGACCAAGGCUUGUUUUGCAACCACGUUCAGCGUCGGCGAGUAACGAAAAUCAGGAUGUUCCUGCUGCUGGUUCUGGGAUUGUGGCAAAGCCGAAGGGUGCUAAUCCGUUUGGUGAAGCUAGGCCAAGGGAGCAGGUUUUGGCAGAGAAAGGUCAGGAUUGGAAGAAGAUUGAUGAGCAGCUUGAGAGUUUGAAGAUUAAAGAGACAGCAGUGGAAGGGUUUGGAAAGAGGGGUUUUGGUUCUGGCAAUGGACGUGCGGAAGAUCGAUCUGAGAGGAGUUGGAGGAAAUCCUCACCAUCUGAUGAUGGUCGUUCUGAAAGUGCCGAGAAAGUGGAGGAAGAACAAGUUGAAGAAAACUAAAGAGCAGCAUCAUACGUUGAAGAAAACUAAAAAAUCUGAAGUAGAUUGUCAAUGGAGUUGGAAAGGAAGAUGGAAUGUUACAAACUUAUUUUUGUUUCCUAUUGAAGUUUUGUUUUUACUUAUGUUUUUUAUUGAGACGGCUAAAACUGGUAAAAAACAUUUUUGAUAGGUGUGUGUUGGUAGCUUAGGCAGUCUCAGUAUUUAUGGCUAUGUCUGUAGCUGAAUGUUAAACUGUAAUUGGUUAAAAUUUCAUCUAUUCAUAAUCUGUAUAACCUUUGGUAUU